AUGGAAAUAAUAUGGGACGAGACAGUUUUUGUUUACACAGAUUAUACAUCACUUACAUUUCGUCCAAAAAAAAAAUUUGAACCUGGUACAUUACGAUAUUCACUGCAUAAACAUGCAUCAGCCACUCUGAAUUCUGGAUUAGAUCUGAAAGAAGUUGUCAAGUUACCGGAAGAUGAAAACGAAAAUGAUUGGAUAGCCGUACAUGUUGUUGAUUUUUUCAACCGAAUUAAUCUUGUUUACGGUGUUAUUAGCGAUUAUUGCGAUGAACAUACCUGUCCAACAAUGUCAGGUGGACCAAAAUAUGAAUAUCGUUGGUGCGAUAGUUUAGAAUAUAAAAAACCCACAAGUUUAUGUGCUCAAUUGUAUAUAACAAAAUUAAUGGAAUGGAUUGAAUUGCAGAUUAAUGAUGAAGCACUAUUUCCCAUUCAAAUUGGUGUUCCAUUUCCAAAAUCGUUUCAUUCAAUUUGCAAAAAAAUUUUAUCUCGACUGUUUCGUGUAUUUGUACAUGUUUAUAUUCAUCAUUUUGACAAAUUGAAGCAAUUAGGAGCUGAGCCACAUGUUAACACGUGUUAUAAACAUUUUAUGUAUUUUGUUACAGAAUUUAAUUUAUUGAAAAAAGAAGAAAUUGACCCUUUGGUGAUGUUAAUUCGUGGACAUGUUAAAUCGAUUGCCAUUGUUCGGCGUUCAAUAUCAACGAAUUAA